AAAAUUCCUAAUCUUCGUCGUCUCCAAAGCAACGAAGCCACACUCACAGUGACCUUCAUAAAUGAACCAUGGUGAACCCCAUCAUCUGCAACCCAAUACACACCACCCUCCCUUAUAACAAACCCCUUCCUCUCCUUUUCCUCAAUUCCUCCCAAUCCCCAUUCUUCAAUUCCCAAAUCAACCUGACCCUCAACCCAAAGCCCUCGUCCUCAAUUUCCUUUAACAAACGAAGAUGGAGGAGGAGCUAUACAGCUGUGACGUCAGCCGCGAACUCCGAAAUCGACAUGGUGAGAAACAAGCAAGGCAUAUACACGCCGAAACAGAAGAAAGUGGUGAUUUUAUGGGACCUGGACAACAAACCCCCGCGCGGGCCGCCGUACCAGGCGGCCAUGGCGCUGAAACAGGUGGCCCAGCACUUCGGCGAGGUAGUUGACGUGUCGGCCUACGCCAACCGCCACGCCUUCAUCCACUUGCCCAACUGGGUAGUGGAGCAGCGCCGGGAACGGAAGCAAUUAGACAUUCUGGAGCGCAAGGGGAUAGUCACGCCUCCCCAGCCUUACAUUUGCGGAGUCUGCGGCCGGAAGUGUAAGUCGAAUUUGGAUUUGACGAAGCACUUCAAGCAGCUACACGAGCGGGAGCGGCAGAAGAAGCUGAACCGAAUGCGGUCUCUGAAAGGGAAGAAACGGCAGCGUUUCAAGGAGAGGUUUAUUUCGGGGAAUCAUAAGUACAAUGAGGCUGCGAGUACUUUGAUCAAGCCCAAGGUUGGGUAUGGACUGGCGGCUGAGCUGAGAAGAGCUGGGGUUUUUGUGAAGACGGUGGAGGAUAAGCCGCAGGCGGCGGAUUGGGCAUUGAAGAGGCAAAUGCAGCAUUCUAUGAGCCGUGGGAUUGACUGGUUGUUCUUGGUUUCGGACGAUUCGGAUUUUUCAGACAUGUUGAGGAAGGCUAGAGAGUCCAGUUUGGGGACUGUGGUGGUGGGGGAUUGGGAUAGAGCUUUGGGGAGGCAUGCGGAUGUGUGGGUGCCGUGGACUGGGCUCGAAAAGGGGGAGAUUUCCGAGAAGGAUUUGGUGCCGAAAAGGAGGAGAAGUGAGUUCUCUGAUGAGGAUGAGGAGGAGGAGGAUGGUGAUGUUUCCGUGUUUUCGGAUUUGGGAUUUAGUGGUGGGAGUGAAUUGGACAAUGUGGUUGAUGAUCUUGUUGGACUAAGGUCUCAGGGGUCUGGUGGAAUGAGGAUUUCGGCGUUUUCAGAAGGGGAAGUGGAAGCAGGAGAUUGGGAGGAAGACUAUGAGGAAAGUGAGGAUGGGGACUAUUUGUUGGAGGACAGCGAGGAUGAGGAUUCAGAAGAUGAAUAUGGGUUCUUUUGAUAUAGUGAGUUUGAAUUUGUAGUUGUAUCAGGCAUGCCAUUUGAUUCAGCUGUGGCACUGUUUGAUUAGCAAUGCAGCUACAUUGUGAUAAAUGGCAAAGGAUGAAGUUGGUGUUCAAGAAUGUAAAGUGUUCGUAGUUCCUGGUUAAGAAUACAAAGAUAUUUGUGACCACAUUUUCCUUCUC